AUGAAGACGAGACCGGCCGGGAUCGGCGAUGUCCAUGCCGACUGGAUGGGUUCGCUGCCCUCCAAGCUCAGUGCCAUGCCCCUGAAGCACCUCGCCGUGCCAGGAUCUCAUGAUUCUUUCACCUUCUGGGUGGAUGUGCAUGCUCCCGUGGGCCCAGAUCAGAAGGCUUAUGUCAAAUACCUGGCCACCAUGUUCAGCGUCCUAGCCAAGAAAGUCAUGGUGAAGUGGUCCAUGACACAGAACCUGACUUUCAAGGAGCAGCUGGACGCUGGAAUUCGCUACUUCGAUCUCAGGGUCGCCUCCAAACCAAGUGAGCCAGGAAACGAGAUUUACUUCAUCCACGGCCUCUUCGGACACAAGGUCAGUGAUGGUCUCCUGGAAAUCAACUCCUUCCUAAGCAGACACAGGAAAGAGGUCGUGUUCCUGGACUUCAACCAUUACUACGCGAUGGGCGCAGAGCAUCACGUGUACCUCAUCCACCUCCUGCUGGAGGUGUUUGGCAGCAAGCUUUGUUACAACUGUGUCGUGGAGAGCGUUACUCUGGACUUCCUGUGGGAGAAGAGACAUCAGGUAAUUGUGUUCUACCAUCAUCCCUCUGGUCAGGGAAACCCCAACAUGUGGCCCGGCAACAAGAUCCCGGCUCCGUGGGCCAACACCACUGAACCCAACAAGCUCAUACAGUUCCUGCAAACCACACUGAAGGAAAGAGCCAAACAGGGAUCCUUCCACGUGUCGCAGGCCAUCCUCACCCCCAGGGUCAACACUGUGGCCAAGGGCCUGGUCUGGGGGCUCCGUAACUACCUGGUGGAGAGGAACCUGCCGACCAUCAUGUCCUGGGUGGAGGCUCAGAGGCCGGGGAAGGAUGGCGUUAACAUCAUCACCUCAGACUUUGUGGAGCUCACGGACUUUGCCAACAUUGUCAUCAAACUCAAUAACCGGCUGUUGUCCGAACAGGAGGGCAAAGCAAGAUGA